AUGACUUUAUUGAAAGAGUAUUUUGUAAGUGAACAAUUGAAAAAGCCCCCCAAAGCGCAUAGCGGCUUACAGAAACUGAAUUACUUGCCGCCGCCGAAGGCUAAGACUUUCCAAAUAUACAAUACGCUUCUUAAUUCUGUAAGAUGUCCCUGUGGAGUAAGUACAGUGCAAGUUUGCGUUUACUUCAGACACCAUGGAAAGCUUGUUCCUGCAUUUACGAUUGAAGUUGAUUCUUUAUAUCAAACUUGUCAAAUAGGAAUACUGGUUUGUGAAACAAUCCAGACUUAUCCAAACACCUUGUUACCAGAAGAUUUGAGACACAAACCGAUUAAAGUCUCGCCAUUCUACCGGGAAAGCUUUGAACUUUGUCCCAAAGAUCAGCGAGUAAUUGAAAAUCUUGACGGACCUAACCACAUCCUUGUAGAACUCGCAAGAGCUAAUGAAAACUGA